AUGAAGAUUUGGUGUGAUGUGUGUGACAAAGAAGAAGCUUCAGUGUUUUGUUGUGCAGAUGAAGCAGCUCUUUGUAACGGCUGCGAUCGCCAUGUUCAUUUCGCCAAUAAGCUCGCCGGGAAACAUCUCCGAUUCUCUCUCACUUCUCCUACUUUCAAAGAUGCUCCUCUCUGUGAUAUUUGCGGGGAGAGGCGUGCAUUACUAUUUUGCCAAGAAGACAGAGCCAUACUAUGCAGAGAAUGUGACAUUCCAAUACAUCAAGCUAAUGAGCACACUAAGAAACACAAUAGAUUCCUCCUUACCGGCGUCAAGAUAUCCGCUUCUCCGUCCACGUACCCGAGAGCUUCCAAUCCCAACUCGGUGUGUCGGGCCAAAACCAGACCCAAAUCGGUAUCGGGCGAGGUCCCGAGCUCGGGCUCCAGCGAGGUCUUUGCGAGCUCUCCUUCGACGACUACAAGCAACUACUAUCACGGGCUAGAGGAAAACUAUCAUCAAGCGAGUGAUUCGGGUUCUGGGUCGGGUACGGGCAGUAUAUCGGAGUAUUUGAUGGAAACAUUACCGGGUUGGAGAGUGGAGGAUUUGCUUGAGCAUCCUUCUUGUGUCUCUUAUGAGGAUAACACUAUUAGUACUAAUAACAACAACAGUGAGUCCUAUAGGGUUUACGAUGGUUCUUCACAAUACCAUCAUCAAGGGUUUUGGGAACAAAAACCCUUUACCUAA